CAUUUUCUUUCUUCCUGAUGGCACAGGCGAUUAAGCUAACUAACGAUUUAACGAUGUCAGGUGUCGAGGAAACUUUAAAUGAAACCGUAGAAGUGAAAGAAGACAAUGAAUUUGAUGGUGAAGUUGAAGACCAUCCUGUGGAUGAUUAUAUGGCGGACCCAACUCGUUAUGUGUUCUAUAGGGAUAGAAAGGACUGGGCUGACCUGGAACCCGUCCCCCAGGAUGAUGGACCAAGUCCUGUAGUGAAGAUCGCUUACUCUGAGAAAUUCUCAGAUGUUUAUGACUAUUUCCGUGCUCUCCUGAAGAAUGAUGAGAGAAGUGAGCGGGCUUUUGCCUUAACAGCAGAUGCCAUCGAACUAAAUGCUGCAAACUACACAGUGUGGCACUACAGGCGAGUUCUACUGCAAGCUUUGGCAAAAGACCUGAGGGAGGAGAUGAGAUACAUCACAGCCAUCAUCGAAGAGCAGCCCAAAAACUACCAAGUGUGGCAUCACAGACGUAUGGUGGUAGAGUGGUUGAACGACCCCUCAGAGGAGCUGGAGUUCAUUGCAGACAUUCUCAGCCAAGAUGCGAAGAACUACCACGCAUGGCAGCACAGACAGUGGGUCAUUCAGGAGUACAAACUGUGGGAAAGCGAGCUGGAGUUUGUGGAAAAUCUCCUGGAAGAAGACGUGAGGAAUAACUCUGCGUGGAACCAGAGGCAUUUUGUCAUUUCACACACCACAGGCUUCUCUGACGCAGGCGUACUGGACAGAGAGAUUCAGUACUGUCUGAACCAGAUUAGGAAGGCACCCCACAAUGAAAGUGCAUGGAACUAUUUGAAAGGGAUGCUUCAGGACCGAGGUCUGUCGACUCAGCCGGGUCUGUUGGAAAAGGUCCUGGAACUGAAGGAGACCCACUGCUCACCUUACCUCUUAGCUUUUCUGUUUGACUGCUAUGAAGACUCCUUGGAGAGCAGCAGUCAAAAGGAGAACAUAGAUGAAGAAGAACAGAAGAUCAGUUUAAAGAAGGCUCUAGAAAUCUGUGAACUCCUAGCACAAGACAAGGACACCAUCCGUAAAGAGUACUGGCUGUUCUUAGGACGUUCUUUAAAGGCUAAAUAUGGAGGAGGAGACGGUGGCACCGACGCUCUGUCAGAGGACCCUGAAGCCUCAGUCCCAACAUCUGAGCCUCAGGAGCUGAACUAGGUCGAAGGACACCAACACCACGUUCACGCCUCUUCAGUUUCACCAAAAUCCUGUGGGCAGGGCCAACACGUGGUUUGAUCUUACUGUAAAUUAUCAAUAUACAGCAGAGUUUUUGUAAUUAACCACUAACAUCAGAACAACCUCGGACAGACACCACCAGAUCCAUGGCGUCUUCUCACCAGAAUCAAAUUCAACGUUUCAUCAGAAAAACCAGUGCUUCACCUUAAACCGAGAGCUAGUAUUACGGGGGUCCACAGUCUGGAGCACCUUCUACUGAAGUCUGAAAGGUGUUGUAUGAGUAGAGGUAGUGUUCAGUUCUCAGAGGUGUGAGUUUGGUGGUGUAGUGAUGGUGUGUUUACAUGGACAGAUAUCCUGUGUGCACUUAGGGCUGGGCAGUGGGUUUGUGUUUUCGCAUACAUGCAGAGUUUGACAAUCUGUGUAUGUGACAUAGUGUAAUGUAGGUGAUAAAACAAAAAAUAUUGCAAGAUAAUUUAAUAUUAUGACAAUUAUCACAUGUGGAAUAAAACCCCUGAUUCCACUCAUUUAUUCUUCAUGAACAAAUGAAUAAAAUAAGGACCAAGUCACAAUAUCCAUGAGCACAUGACAGUUUCAUCUUGGAAUAGUUUAGUGUUCUUGUUUGUUUUUCAUUGUUUUUUUGUAUUGUUGCAUCUUAUGUCAGUUUUGUCCUUCUGUGUUUUCCAUUAUUUUCAUCUUUUUUAUCAUGUCCUCUUGUGUUGUUAAUUAGUUGUCUUGUUUCAUCUAGGGGUGUGUAUUAGCAAGAAUCUGGCGAUACAAUACAAAAUCACAAUACUAGGAUCACGAUACAACAUAUCACGACAUAUGAUACUGUUAAAAGGGCAAUUUUU